AUGGCGGAGCUGCAGGCGAUGCAGGCCUUAACCCUCGACCCUGUGCAAGCAGCGCUGAACACAGUGAUUGCGGGCAAGAACGAGCUGAUCGCGGAGAAGAACGCGGCAAUUGCGGAGAAGCAGGCGGCGAUUGCGGAGAAGCAGGCGGCGAUUGCGGAGAAGAAGGUGGCGGUCGACCAGGCGAUUGCAGACAAGAACCGGGCGAUCGAAGCUGGAAUUUACCACCAAAUUCAGCUUUUGUCCCUCAUCGGAUCAGGAACAAACGAAGAGCUUGCUAAGCGGUUUGUUUUCCAGCGUAACGAAUCUUGGAUGCUCGAGCUGCAUUUUGAAAUGCCAGACUUGCCCGAUGAUGAUAAGUUGAAGGACCUGCUGGCCACAGUUGAUACGAUGCCGUCCGAAAAGACAAUGUAUCAGCCCAUCGCAGCUGUCUGCAAGGAAAUAUGUGAUCAGGCUGGCGCGCACGUCAACUUUCAUGUCACUGCAAGCGCUCGCGGGGCGUUCUCUCCUGAUCUCGUUGCGACAACAACCGAGUAUUCCGCGCCGAGUUCUCGCGCUGCGUCGGCUGGAUCUACGUCCACUCGCGUUCUACUGAGAGAUAGCCUGUUCAUGGUCGAAGUCAAAAAGGAUUUCGAUCACCGCGAGCAAGCUUGUCUGCAACUCGCAAGUUACCUGCUUUACUAUCGUCUGACGUUCAACAACGAACAGAUUCCGAAUACUGUUCAAUCCUGGCCAGCAUUUCUUUACGGCAUGGCCUGGGUCGGCAACUAUGUCUAUGUGGUCCGAGUCGAUCUGAAGCAGGGUGACCAGCUCCAGCGCCCCGUAAUCACUUUCGCUCGAGCCACGCCAGCCCGAGCGGUUCUGUUCCUCUUGAAAAAAGCCAUCUUCGAUCACAUGUCCCGCCAACCCAGCCGACCAAUCGAUGGCGAUGUUAAUUGGGGGUACAAGUUCGACGACGACCAUGACAACAACAACAACAACAACAACAACAACAACAACAACAACAACAACAACGGUGGCCAAGGUCCCGUGCAAGACAAAGGUAAACAAGCCGCCAAGAACCAAGAAGGCAACCAGCAUCGUGCAGCCAAGACGCGAGUUCUCAAUUUGGCAACUGGGCCGCAACCUCUGCUCGAUGCCCAGGUCUUUCAUAGCGAGCUCAUGUGCACUGGCAAGCUCCGCCUGAGCUCGAGCGAGGAAUUCACCAAUGUGGUGGUCAAGGUUGCCCCCACAAAUCACAGGCCGCUCACAGAACAGCUGGUGCGGGAGGGCAUGGCGCUAGCCCUCCUCAACCGUGACCGGAACGAGGCUGCUGCACACGGCAUUCCCGAGCUGCUAGCUCUCUGCACUGCCGACUUUCAUGGAAAGUCUGGACUGGCGUUGGUCACGGGCCUCAUUCCUGGCAAGAGCGUUGAAUGGCAACAGCACCAACCGUAUGCGGCAAGCAUUGCAUCGAAAGUUUGCGACACUCUUCGCUGGAUUCAUGCGCAAGGAGUGGUGCACGGCGACAUUCAUCGUGGAAACGUGCUCGUCACCGAAAUCGAAUUACCACCUACGCCACCCGCCUCGCUGCCCCAUGGCACCCUCGAGCCGCCGCCCACAGGCGCCGUCAAGUUACCACCUCACUCAAUUACUUUGGUCGAUUUUGGGCUUUCUUGCUUCCUUCCAGCUGUGACACGCGAGCAUGUGCAGGCAGCACUCUUGGCAGCGCCUGUCACGCUCGAAGCGACCACAAGGCUCAAGCUGUGGCUCGAGCAUGUCGAUCACAACGCGUGGGACAUGUGGCCAAACCACUUUUACCACAUUGCGAGCAGUGAGAGGGUAGCCACUCCGCAAGCCGACUUUCUCGGUCUAGGCUUGCUUGCCGUGUCGCUGGACGUCGGCGGCACGGCGGUCCUGCAGCAGCGGCUUGAUCUGGACGACGGCGCUGAGGCUCGUGUUCAGCAUCGCCUGCUGCGUCGCCUGCUGCGUGAUCAAGACCAGUCCGGCUAUGAAGCGACGCAGGUUUCUGCCGCCAUGAAGACGUUUGUCGAUUUUUAG